AUGGAUCAUGGCUGUGCCAAACAUCAUUCUACCCAAUUCAUUCUCCCGGCGAAAAAGGCGAAAGUCGAGAAGCGACGCCGGAGACAAGUCCUGUACGGCCGUCAAAUCACACGAUAUCACACUCUGUCGCAGGACGUGUUACGAAAUAAACCAUUUUUUUUUACAGGAAUCCAGCACCAUGACAAUUUGGCGCACAAUAUUCCUUCUUCACGCAAAACAUUUAUGGGAAUCUCCUCGUACCUAUGUCUUUUUACGAAUGAGGAAACAAAAAAAGCAAUGGGUAUCAUGAGGGAGAAGAGCGAGGAAACAGAAAAAAAAAUGGGUGUCAUAAGGGAGAUGAGGGAGCAGGUGGAGCAUCUUAUGAGGUAUGCACCUAAUUAAUCUUAUACCACAACAAUUAUAAAAAUACAAAACAUAAAGCCUCACUACAAUGGUUUUGACUCUAAGCAAUCAUGCCUUAGAAUACAUGAGAGAAACUUGGUCACAAGUCUAUUCUAUUAGUAGUUUUUUUUUUUGUUUUUCUCUAUGUCGGUGUGUUUAUUAAAACCAUCGUAGGAGAAAAGAUAAAUAAUGAUGUGUUUGUAAUUAGGGGGUGUGUAACAAUUUCGAUGUCUAUAGGAUGUUCAUUAGUCUUCCGGUUAACAGAAUCAAACAACUCAAAAACAACAUUUCAAACCCCUGGAAUGAAACCACAAAUAACAGUAGGUAAACCUUAAAAACAACAUUAGAAUCAAAAUGUGUAUUAUACAUUUAACUGAAGCCAUCGAACAUACUUCAAGAACACGGAAAAACAUGCUAUUUAUAAACUACAAACAUAAGACCAUACACAAACACGAAAACUGGUGAUCACAAAAUA